AUGGAUGGAAAAACAGGACUUACUGAUGCAAAGUUAGAGGAAAUAUUAAUGCAGUGUGAUAGUGAUGAGGAAAUUUUUGAUGAAGAAUCAUCAGAGGAAGACAGAGAUGUAGAUAAAACAACCUGUGGUUGUAAUAAUUCAAAUGAUGAUUUGGAAGAGGUUGAGCACAAGAAACGAAAACAUGUUAAUAAUGAGGAUAAAUGGACGACCGCAGAAUCCUUUACUCCUACAAUUCACAAUUUCGACAUUGUUCAUUCUGGCUCUACGAAGGGUAACGCUACUUCCACGGAAUUAGAGUGCUUCAAAAUGUUUUUCUCAGAAACUAUAAUGACCGAAAUAGCUAACCAAACAAACUUGUAUUUCCAAUUUGUUAAUGCUCAGAAUUCAAGUAAAGAAAAAUCUCGUCUUAAGCGUUGGAAGGAUACGGACUUCAAAGAACUGUAUUGUUUUUCCGCUAUCAAUCUUCUAAUGUCGCAGGUAAAGAAAACACGUUUGAAUGAUUAUUGGUCCCAAGAGUGGCUUCGAUCAACACCAGCAUUUGCACAAAUAAUGUCAAGAGACAGUUAUUUACUGCUUUUGCGGUUACUUCAUUUUACUGACAAUACCUCAUCGCGUGUUGCUACGGAUUCUUUACGCAAAAUCAGAAUUAUUGUCGACCACUUGAAACAUACAUUCAGAGAAACUUUCAUCCCAUAUCAAAAUAUUUGUAUUGAUGAAAGUCUUAUGUUGUUCAAAGGACGCCUGUUCUUCAAACAAUAUAUACCUUCAAAGCGUCAUCGCUUUGGUAUAAAAUUAUUUAUGUGUGAUUGCAAAACGGGUUACAUAUUAGACUUCAUCAUUUACACAGGAGUUACUACAGAAAUUGUUAAUUUUGACAUCGCAAAUCUUGGUAAAUCGGGCAAUACAGUAUUAACGCUUAUCAGUAACUAUUUGAAUAAAGGGUAUACCUUAUAUGUCGAUAGAUAG